AACUUCCAACCCACUAGAACUUUCUCUUCAAACCCACUAAACUCUAAACCCACUAAAAAUUCAGUACGCUCUUGCUCUCUCUGGCAAUUAUCUCGCCGGUCGCUCUUAGGGAAAGAGUUGUACUUCAUCAAAUUAUUCAAAAAGCUCUCGGAAGGAAAAAUAUCAAGAAAUAUUAUGACGCCAACACAAACCCAAUCUGAAGUUGAUCAAUGCCAAGCCUGUUACGAAGCCGUGGGAGGGGUAAAGAAAAGAAGAAUAUACAGUCUUGGAUCUCAAGCACAAUUAUAUUAUGGGCCAAAUCUUCAUCCUUCUUCUGGAUCUGAUGCUACAUCCCCAGUACCACCUCCGAAUGCCCAACCAGCAGCUACAGGGAAUUUGGAUGAGUUAGUGAUGCGAUUGAUUCCUGCACUGACAGAUCACAUGAUUCCUACACGGACCAAUAGCAUGAUUCCUGCACUAAUAGAUCGCAUGCUUCCUGUAUUUGUUGAGCGGGUGCGUGGAUUGAUUUCUCCAUCAUCUUCUAAGCCAAACACUCCUACCGACCAUCCAUCAUCUAUGGCACCUAUAGUUCUAGCUCCUGCCACUGCUAACAUUGAUGAGGUUCCUGCAUCAGUUUCUAAUGAUGACUGUGGCUCUCCAGUCUCUCAUUAGUUAGUUUUUUUGUUUGGACUUUAUUGUUAUUGCAUAUGAUUUUGGACUAUCUUGUUUCGAAUGUUAUCGUUGUGGAUGCUUUGAACUUGAUUUGCAUUCUGCUAUGUAUUUUGGACCUUGUAGAAUAUUAGUUUCUAUGAA